GCGCAGUCCGCCUUCUGCUACGCAUCUCUCCACAGCUUGGCAGCAGCAACAGCGAAUUAAGUGAACGACGGCAGUAAAGCUAAAGUUUUAGGCUUCGUGAAAAGUUUGUUGUAGUUUAUACAAAAAGCAUUAAGAGAUUACAAUCCAACGAGAAAGAUGUACUCGAAAACGAUUGGGGCUCAACAAGCCCAAAAGGAGCAUGUACUCGCGGUCUCUCGCGAUUUUAUCGCCCAGCCCCGACUUACUUACAAAACAGUAUCUGGUGUAAAUGGACCUUUAGUCAUCUUGGAUGAAGUGAAGUUUCCCAAGUUUGCUGAAAUUGUCCAGCUAAGACUUGCAGAUGGCUCAGUACGAUCGGGUCAAGUCCUGGAAGUAUCAGGUUCGAAAGCUGUUGUCCAAGUGUUUGAGGGUACCUCAGGCAUUGAUGCAAAAAAUACCCAUUGUGAAUUCACUGGUGACAUUCUUCGUACACCUGUAUCCGAGGACAUGUUGGGUCGUGUUUUCAAUGGUUCUGGAAAACCCAUUGACAAGGGACCUCCAAUCUUGGCAGAGGAUUUCCUUGAUAUCCAGGGUCAACCCAUCAAUCCAUGGUCACGUAUUUAUCCAGAGGAAAUGAUUCAGACUGGUAUUUCUGCUAUUGAUGUGAUGAACUCCAUUGCUAGAGGACAGAAAAUUCCUAUUUUCUCGGCUGCUGGUCUGCCUCAUAAUGAAAUUGCCGCUCAAAUCUGUCGACAAGCCGGUUUGGUCAAAGUACCUGGAAAGUCUGUUUUGGAUUCGCAUGAGGACAACUUUGCCAUUGUAUUCGCUGCUAUGGGUGUUAACAUGGAAACUGCACGUUUCUUCAAGCAGGACUUUGAAGAGAAUGGUUCCAUGGAGAAUGUCUGUCUCUUCUUGAACUUAGCUAACGAUCCAACGAUUGAACGUAUUAUUACUCCACGUCUCGCUCUUACCGCUGCUGAAUUCUUGGCCUACCAAUGUGAAAAACACGUACUUGUCAUCCUUACGGAUAUGUCUUCCUAUGCUGAGGCUCUCCGUGAGGUCUCAGCUGCCCGUGAAGAAGUACCCGGACGUCGUGGUUUCCCUGGUUACAUGUACACCGAUUUGGCAACCAUCUACGAACGUGCCGGACGUGUCGAGGGUAGAAACGGCUCAAUCACACAGAUUCCUAUCCUCACUAUGCCUAACGACGAUAUAACUCACCCUAUUCCUGAUUUAACUGGUUACAUUACCGAGGGACAAAUCUACGUCGAUCGUCAGCUUCACAACAGACAGAUUUACCCACCAGUCAACGUAUUACCUUCGCUCUCGCGUUUAAUGAAGUCUGCUAUUGGCGAAGGUAUGACUAGGAAAGAUCAUUCAGAUGUGUCUAACCAGCUGUAUGCCUGUUACGCUAUUGGUAAAGAUGUGCAAGCUAUGAAAGCAGUAGUAGGUGAAGAGGCAUUAACGCCUGAUGAUCUGCUGUACCUCGAGUUCCUUUCCAAAUUCGAGAAGAAUUUUAUCUCUCAGGGUUCGUACGAGAACCGUACGGUCUUCGAGUCACUAGACAUCGGUUGGCAAUUGCUUCGUAUCUUCCCCAAAGAGAUGCUUAAACGAAUUCCAGCCAGUACUCUUGCUGAGUUCUAUCCUAGGGAUUCGCGUCACUAAACAACUCUACCAUCAUCAUUGCCCAGCAUCUUCGUAAUAUUCUUUUUUCUAAAAAAAAUAAAUAAUUGAAACGAAGCCUAACGCGCUAUUAAAUGUUAUGAAAGAAGUGCACAUGGAUGAAAAUAAUAUCCCUUGUGGAAAUUUGCAUGAAAAUGAGCAAUACUAUAUAUUUUUCGUCCAGUCUUAUUACCUUCCGUAUGGGUUAAUCUAUUGGGGCGGCUACUUUUGAAAUCAGUAUUUCAUAUUUAGUAAUUGCAAGCUAACUCCUACCUAAAGUAAAAUAGGCUUAUUUAUCAUUUACUAAAUAGAUUUUGUUAUUAUGGAGCAGAAUUUUAUUCUCAGUAUAUAGUUUUAAAAACAGUAAAUUUCUACUAGGGCAAAUAAAAAAAACUAAGAUUUAAUGAAAGUGUAAUAAAGAGCGCAGGUCUCUGAAUGUUAAAUCGUCAUGUUUUUUAACCAGAAUAUUUUCUGGGACGCCUGUGUGUAGCUUUUGAAAACGUACGUGUUAUGUUUUAUUCUUAGAAUCAUUGAAAUCAGCAAAUAAAGAAAGCUCAACAAUUAAUCGAUGAAAUCAUUUACAUUGAUAACAAAAAAAACGCACCAAGCUAGGAAUUCGUUGGCAAUUCAUAUCGUAAGUGAUAGUAAAAAAAAGAAAUAAAACAUUUACGUUUGUGCGUAAAAAAAUCAAAGAGUUACACGAGAUAUUUUUAGAAGACGACGCCAAGGCCAAGUGUUCAAAAAAUUACCAUCCAAUUUGAGUAAAUGCUUCGUGAAAUAUCUCUUCGUGCUCUUUGCAUUGGGGUACACGUGGACGUGGGCACUUGUUCACUGUUCUUUUAUGUAGUAUUAUCAAUGUUGGUUCUCUUUUUUUCCGAAGCAUUUUCAAAAUGUGACAUGCAUAUGCGUAUAUUGCAUUGUCUUGGUCUCCCUUCAAAUACGAAAAUAUGUCAUAAUAAACGAGAGAUAAAUUGCCCAUGUCUGACUGUGAAAUUAUUAAUGUAUCAGUCAGUAUUACAGUAUGAAGGAAAAAUCAAGUACAUCCAACUUUUAAGAUUUUCGACACGUUACGUUGUUUGCCCUACAUUCCAAAAGCAAAAAAAAUUAAUGCUGACUAAAAAAAAACUUUGUUUAGGAGGACACAACACAUUGUACAGUCCUUAGAUAUACUCGAAUACUACGUAUAUAGAAACACUCAAGACACAAUAAGAAAAAAGAAAUUUUCUAUGAAUUGUAAAUGUUAAACUAAUUGUAAAUCUAUGAUGAAAUUGAUGAAAUUCUAAUCGAUUGUACGUAAGUUUACAAUGUGUCGAUAUAGCAUCAUUUGAAAGGAUUGAGUCAUUCGUACUAUAAUUCACCUUAUUACCUAAACAACGAUUAGGAACGAAUCAACGUGGCUAACUAUUAUCCAUUUUUUUUUGGAAGGUUAACAAUUUUUUCUCGUCGUUGAAUUAUUAAGAAAUGUGAAUGUAAUAUAUCUGUAUAAAAAAACAAAGAAAUUAAAGAAUCUACUACUUGUUUCCUUCUUAGUCGUAAUAUUCCUCAGAACUUCUUUAACACACGUUUUAGUGUAUAAAAACAAAUUGAUUGUUGCGCCAUUGUUGCUAUUAUAAAAUAAUUGUUUUCUCUGUUAUUAUACCACCGGAGAACACUAUAAUUACCAAAAACUGUCACUGCUAAAAAUACAUGCUAUCUUGAACAAAGAAAAAAAUUAAUAAAAAGCUUCAAUAAAGUAACAAAGGGAUUAUACGAUUGUAACGUGCUGAUUUCUGUCAUGAAUUUUUUGACGCUACCAUUAAAAUUCUUUUUGAAGAUUAUAUUAUGAUAUGAUCUUCCUCAGUUUUUACUUAAGAAAUGCUUGAUUUUAUUCCGUUAUUUUUGUAUAAUUUUAAGGCGUAGCAAUAUUAUGUUGAUAAAAUGAAUAAAAAACUGUAUUGUGCAUAGAAAAAAGUGAUUGUUCGAUUUGAAAUAAAAUGAAAUAAUAUUUUAUUCCAUUUUUUUUAUCUUUCUUAAUUCCAAAGCGUUGACUAUUUUAAAAAUAUUAUUUUGUUGUAAAAAAGAUAAUUCAAAAACUUUCGAAUAAUAAACUUGCAAAGUGCAAUCACAUAGAAUGAUAAAAUAUUAUCACGAUGCACAUCGAGGUAUUGCGUUACCAUCAUAAAAUGACUUCAAACAAUCAAACAAACUAAUUAAUAUAGUUUUAAGUCUAUCUAUGUUAGACACAUGAGGAUUCUAUUCGAUAAUAUUUUUUUUUUGUUUACAAUUAUAAUCGUGGUUAUCUUAAAAUCCAAUUAAAUUAUAGUUUAUUUAAAAUAGGAAUGAUUUGACAAGAUUUGCGUUACGUAUAUGAAAAAUUUUAUGAAGUUAGGUAGAAAAUAUUUUCUUUUCAAUUUUGAUUACGUUCAACUGAAUUAAUUUGCAAGACACUAAAUGUAUGUGAAAUAUAUGUGAAAAUGUAACUUCUUUAUGUUCUUUAUAUUUUACAUCUUCAAAAAUUAUUAUUAGGCAUUGAUUCGAAUUUCAACAGCUAAUACCUAUAUUAUGUUUUUCAAGUAUUAUCACCGAAGAUAUAUUGGAAAGUUAUCAGAAUUUGAUAUAUUUUACCAUUACCACUACAAAUUGAGGAAAAAAUUUAUUGGUUGCGUUUGGCUUCUAUCUUACAAAGUAGUUAUUACUGUAAAGAUGUGAAAGAAAAAUGUAUGUGUGUGUUUGUAUUUAUCGGCUGGUCUUCACUCUGUUAGGAGCGAUUCGGACUGUCGUUAUAGAUGCUGCAAUCAUUCGGUCAUGUACUAGAUUUUAAGGAUGAGCUCCAGCGUUGGUGGCCAGAAAAUAACGUUCGAAACUUUAAUUUAAUAACAAAAAUGAUAAACUUGUUAACAUUAAUACGUUUUAUAAUUUUAUAAUUAUGUCAUUAAGCUGACAUUAUAGUCACGAACAAUUUAAUUUUCGACGAAAAAAAAAAUAUAUUAGUCUAUUUGGUUACUGCAUUUUGAAAAAAAUGACUCAGUACCUUUAUUACACGUCGGAUUAUAUGAAACAGGCGUACCUCAAUUGUUAUAAAACGAAAAAAACAGUUCCAUUUAGCAUUUGUUUUUUAUUAGAAUAACACUCAAAAGUAUGUACAUACUUUAAUACAUUUUGCUGCAUACUUGUUUAUUAGAUUAAAUGUUUUCGAUCCAUUAUCGUUGAGGAGUAAAUAUUUUUUUAAACGGAUGGAGGUGUACAAUUCUUGAAGAGAUUUUUUAACAAAAGAUCAAGGAGAAUAAAAACAUAAGGACAGUGCAGGUAAUGAUUAAUCAGAUUUGUUUUCAAGAUAAUUUAUUUUUAUAAAGGGAAAGUCAAUCUUGAAUCACUUAUAAUAUACUUAUGCAGAAGUUGUAUUGUACAAUAUCAAUAUUUAUGUCAAUAAAAAUAAAAAUCAAGGUUAGUUUAAACCAUAAUAAUUUAACAAUACUCAACUGUUUCUUACUUGAUGGCUUCUGGCAUGAACGGUAUAGCCCAAUGUUUAUUUCAAGAACGGGCUAUCCUAUCAAACAUUCCAAAAGACACGUUACGUUCAUUGCAUAACUAUUAUCAUGUAUAAUGUUUCAAUUCGAAUGUAAUAACAAUACGUAAUUAAAAGUUGUAUGAAAUAUAUUCAGUAUCUUCCCGUACUUACGUUAAUAUAGCUUCUACAAUUGUUCAUUCUGGGAAUAGAGUAUCAGUAAUUUGGUCUAAAAAUAGAUAUGUACAGUAGAUCGCAAUACUCUCAUCAUACGAUUGUUUUAAAAAGUUUAAAGUACUAUGCAUCGUUUGAAUUUUCCAAAUAAAAAAAUCAAUCUAUGCAAAAAGAAAAGUUGGUGGUAAUCACAACAGUAGAAUAAACAAUGGUUCAAGUGCAGUCUUAUAGACUAGGCAGUAUAACAAGCACGACGAUCCAGCGUUCGAUCGGGUAGUUGUGCUAGUCACGCUCUUUACUUGCAUUCCAGGGCCAAGCAGAUUGAACUUGUGUUUUUUUGCGAACUUUCAGAAUCUGAACGCUUAUUGUAUAACAAA